UGGCUUUGAUCAGUUUUCCAACUGAUCAUUUUAAGCUUAAGAAAAUGAUUUCGUUCGAGAAGAAACCUCUAAUGCUCAAAGAUUUCCUGCUCAGAGACGAUCUGAGUUCGUGCUCUUCUCAUAGUUUCAAAUCGUUUCCACGUCAACAUUGUUGCACCACCGUCAGGUUUCUCCUCGAGACCGAGCUGAAGAAAUCCAAAGACAAUUACUCAACCACUAAGAAACGGCUUCUCAAAAGAAGCCGUAAGAAGCCCGGUGGUACCACCGUUUCAGCUCUGCAGAGAGCUUCGGAGGCCGUUCUGAACGCCGUCAAGCUACUCCCUUUUCCUUCCAUCAAGUCAUCCUCGCCGUCGUUGAAAAAGAACAGUACGAGGAAAGUACAUUUCACCAGGAGCUUUUCAAGGAAUAUUUUUAAAAGAAGCUUUUGGAGAAAAGCCGACAAGGAAGAUGGCGGCGGCGGUGGUGAGAUCAAAAGCUGCAAGUUGUUCCGUGAAUUUCUUGAAGAGAAAAAUCAACCGUUGGAUCAGAUUACAAUCGGCAACGUCAACACUAACACCUACGCCGGCACCUGCAUGACUACCAGUAGGGUGUCCUCCAACACAAGCAGUAACAGCUGGGCUGAAAGUGAAUUUACAGAGGAUGUUUUACAGUCUUCGAGCGGCAAUUCGGAGAGCUCGAGCGAAAACGACGUCGUAGCUAGCAAUGUAGUGGGCGUAACAGCCGGUGAGGAUUCCAUCAACUUUACAGGGGAAGGAAAAGAACAGUUUAGUCCAGUGUCUGUUCUAGAUUUCCCCUUCGAUGACGAAGAAGAAGAAGGUGUGGGAUCAGCGUUAGAGCUCGAGGUUUUCAGUUCCCUGGUGGAUGAAUUAUUAACUGAAUUAUUUUUAUUCCUAUACCAAGGUUUAAGACACGAUGAUGACGACUCGAGGUGGUUUUCGUCAUUUAAAAGCAGUGAGUUUGAAUGACUAAAGCCACCUUGAAGAAGACGAUUUGAGCUGUAUUAUUUAGUUAUUUUUCCU